UGGGAUUAAACCGAGAAAAACAACGAUGAAGAAGAAAUGCGGACGUGUAGAGGGAGUAAAUAUUCUAGUCAUUUUUGUUGUGUUGUUACGGAUGAACUUCGUCCUUCGAAGUGCUAAACGGUAAUGCUCUUAAAAUUAGCAAGUUCGUGUGUUGCUGGGUCAUAUAAAAGGUUUGCGUUUUAUCUCAUCGGCUGAACGCUGGGUCACCGGCUGUGUUGUCAAACCACCAACCAGAGAUGCAGUUGGACCUGCUUGUUACUGACAAGCAGAAUUAUAUUUUCUGUCUCUUAGCCACCAUGCCUUAUCUGGGUGGGGAGGAGACGGUCAGGGAGCUGAGAAGAGCUCUGUCCAACCCUAACGUCCAGUCAGACCCGCUGCGGUACAGGAACACCAUCCUCAAAGUGAUCAGGACCAUGUCACAAGGUGUAGAUGUGUCUGGCCUGUUCAGUGAGAUGGUGAAAGCCUGUGCCACAGUAGAUGUAGUCCAGAAGAAAUUGGUUUAUGUCUUCCUGUGUUCCUAUGCCACUUUAAACCCGGAGCUGUCCCUGCUGGUCAUCAACAGUCUAAGGAAGGACUGCCAGGAUCCAAAUCCAAUGGUCCGCAGUCUGGCCCUCAGGAACAUGACCAACCUCAGGUUACCCAGCCUGGUGGAGUAUGUGGAGCAGCCUCUAACAGCGGGACUGAGAGACAGAGCAGCCUGCGUACGACGUGUGGCUGUACUUGGCUGGGCCAAAUUGCACAACCUCCAACCUAGCUCUGAGAUAGAUGCAGUGGUGGUGAAUGAACUUUACAGCCUCUUGAGGGACCCGGACCCUGUGGUGAUGGUGAAUUGCCUCAGAGCUUUGGAGGAGAUCCUGAAGGAGGAGGGGGGAGUCGCUAUUAACAAACCCAUUACCCACCACCUGCUCAACAGGCUUAAGGAGUGUGACAUUUGGGGUCAGUGUGAGGUGCUGAGAGUUCUUCAGCGCUACAGGCCCCAGUCAGAGGACGAGCUCUUUGACAUCCUAUCCCUGCUGGACUCCUUCCUUGUCAGCCCCCACCCCCCUGUCAUGGCUGCCACCCUUAGCCUCUUCCUGAGCGUCUCCUCCAGCCUGCCCGCUGUCAGUCUGGCGGCCCUUGAACGAGUAAGUGGACCCCUGCUUGCGGCCUGUGGGAGUGGAUCCAGAGAGAUGAGGUUUGCUGCCGUCUGCCACAUACAGUUGUUGCUGCGCUCUGUCCCUGGCCUGCUGGGGGUGCACUACAAGCGUUUCUUCUGUGGCUAUGCUGAGCCUGCCUACAUCAAAGAAAGGAAGAUGCAGGUACUGGUAGAGCUGGUGAAUGACGAGAACGUAGCAAUGAUACUGGAUGAGCUGAAAGGAUACUGCACUGAUGUCAACACUGACACUGCCCAGGCUGCAAUCUCAGCAAUAGGUCGUAUUGGACGCAGCUACAGCGACAGAUGUCUACAGAUCCUCACUGGGCUGCUUGGACUCAAACAGGAUCACAUCACUUCUGCGGUGGUGCAGACAAUGCGUGACCUGGUCUGGGUGUGUCCCCAGUGUAGCGACACUGUGUGCCUUGCACUGGAAGGCUGCGAGGAAACACUGCAGGAUAUCCAGGGCAGGCAGGCCUUGCUCUGGUUGCUGGGUGUGUAUGGGGAGCGAAUUUCCAGUGCCCCCUACACUUUGGAAGUGCUCAUCGAUGGAGUGAGAAGCGAGGCUUCUCUGGGAAUCAAGAUGGAGCUGCUGACAGCCACCAUGAGACUCUUCCUGUGUCGGCCUGCUGAGACACAAGACAUGCUGGGAAGACUGCUGCACUACUGCAUAGAGGAGACGACAGACAUGUGCAUGCGUGAUCAGGCUCUUCUCUACUAUCGCCUGCUUCAUUGUGGGAUAGAAGAGACACGCAAGGUCCUUCAAGGUCGGAGGUCAGACCCCUCUCUGGGUGUUCUGAUUGGGCGUCCCACCAAGCCUGUCAGCCAGUGGGCACGCUGUUUUAACACGUUGGAGCCUCUGAGCCAGGGUGCUGUAGAGGCCGAGUCAGCCAGCAGGGGAAGCCCCGAACACAUGACCUAUAACCCCAAGCCGAACGCCGACCUAUCAGACACACUGAGCUGUAGUCACAUUCAGGAGAUUCAUUCAGAAGCACACUGUUAGCAUGGCUGAAAGCGUCUGGACUCUGCGGGAUGGGGUUACAAAAACAAAGCAGAUGAAAAUUGUUUGCUUGUGUUAUCUUUGCGGAGCAACAAGAACUCCCUUUUGAGGGUAAGAGGAGUCGUAUCAACCAUUCAGCACGCCCACUAUGAAGUUGAUGUUGGAGGAAGGCCAAUAAAGCCAAGCAUACACUGUUCAGAUUUUCUGUACUUUUAAAUUUGUCGCCUGUGACAAUUUUUAGCACCAGGAUGAGUUUCUGCCUAAUUAAAUGUUUGAAACGAGUCAGGGGCUAAUACUUUGUCCAAAUUAGCGAGGGUGUAGUUCUUGGAAGGUUGGUUGGUUUCUGGCUUGUCAGGAAUAUUGUUCUGGAUGAUCUCUUUCAAACUCCCAUAUGUUUGUUUUACUGCGGGGCAGUGUUUUUACAUGUUGUGGCUAAAACAUUCUUCUCCCCACUGCUGGAAAAUAAAUCUUACCUUUAUAGAAGCCUUGGCUUCUGUAUGGCCCCCUGCAGAUUCUCAACCACACAACUUUCCAUUUAUGAUUCUUCACUUUGUUUCUUUUAAAUCGUUCUAAUUAAAAUUUUCUCUAAACAAAUCUGACAGGAUUUUCCACACCUGUGUUUGUGAUUUUGUGGGUUUCAUGUUUUACUGUCAAAGUUGAGGACAUUCCUCCUUAUGCUGUUCCACGGUAUUUAAUAUGUAAAAAUGUGAGGGCAGAGUGAGGAACAGUUUGAGGCCAUCUAUGAUGUCAUGGUUGGGGAAGAGGUGCACUAAACCAGUAGAAGAAUAUUCUCUCACUAACAAGGGAAACAUUCAAACACCGUGACAAGCUUGUGAACCCAUUCAACCACAAUCAAGCCACACAUAUUCGUCUAAGUUCACAUUUUGAUCACAGGAAAGUCGAGCUCAUAGCCAUAGCCACUGGGUGUGGGAGUAUAACUUUACUUAUUGCAUUAGUCAAGGUUAGUGAUUCUGUAUGAUCAUAAGCGCUUUCAUUCAGAGGGUUUAACUUAGUUUUAUAUCUAGAUGUAUAUAUCCACACACACACACGUAUGUUGCCAUUGUUUGGUAAAUUUUGCUGUGCGGGCUAACUUUGAGUGAAAUUCUUGGGUGUUUGUUGGCUUAGCUAAUUCACUUUAUGGCUAACUGUAUAGUGUUGGCAUCUCCUGCCUUUACAUUUUUCUUCUUUUUAAAUGUUAUUUUUAUUUUUAUUUUUUCCUGAAUAAGGUGUGCUUUUCAAAGCAAAGUCCACAACAGCUCAAUGACAGAAGCAUCAUAAAAAGAUUUUACGACACAGCAGCAGUGUUGUAUUUAUAUUGAAGAGUGCAGGUAUACAUAAAAGCAUUGUAUGUGAUGUACUAAAGCAGG